UGUAAGCGUUCCAUCCCGGUUUGACCAUUUGGAACGUUAACUGACUAGAGAGUUUUUUUUUUAAUAAGAGAAGCUUGUGUAGAAGUGUCGUCAUCGAUCUGCAACCUGUUGUGAUACUGUCGAGUGUCGUAGGUCAGGAUCACACUGAAGGUCAUCAUCUGUUUUCUCGAUUGUCUCGAUCCCAAGAUCAUCGUCCAUCGUGAUUCUGUGUUGGUUAAACAGGUUCGCCAGAAGAGAAUCUCAAAAAACUCGUUUUUGGAGAUUGAAAGCGAUUUAGCGAGAUUCCACCGGGUGAUCAGUGCGAUCAGUUUGUUGUACGCUUUUUGUAUGUUCUGACGCACGAAAAGCAGCAGCAUGUGCUAUCGUGCGGUAUUAUUAGUGAUAGCUUCGGUGGCACUCUUAGUUUCCCUGGUUUCUGGUGACGAUGGUUGGUUUUCGGACAAUCCGCCGAGUGAUUAUUUAGAACGGAAAAACCUGAGAGAUUGUCCAAAUAGAUUUUACGGGGAUCUGGAUCCGUCCGAUUUUCCUCUUUUCGGUUAUGGCGGUCUUCGUGUAUUCCGUGGGGAGUUCCAGCACAUGGUAGCAAUCGGUUGGACUAGGACGGAUGCCAGCAUCGAUUAUCUGUGCGGUGGAACCUUGAUAACCGCACGGCACAUUCUCACGGCCGCACACUGUACUUAUGAUUCAGAGAACAUUCCUCCCGAUACGGUGCGAAUCGGUGACACGGAUCUGGGCAGCAAAGUGGAUGAUGAGUUUGCACAGCAGAUCGCGAUCCUCGGCAUCACCGUACACCCAAAGUAUCGUGGAUCGCGCAAAUAUUUCGAUGUGGCGUUGAUUGAGCUGGAAACACGUUGUAAGUUUAGUGAAGCAGUAUGUCCGGCUUGUUUGUGGCGCGAAGGACAGCUACCAGAGGAGCGAAUGCAAGCCGUUGGUUUCGGUGUAACCGGUUUUGGCGAAGCGCGUAGCCCAACCUUGCAGCUGGUGAAGCUCGACAGGGUCGAACGGUCGGUGUGUGCGGAAAGAAUACUUCUCAACCGACGGCAGAUGCCGGAUGGAUUCCGGAAUGAUCAGUUUUGUGCCUCUGGCGAUGGCAUGGACACCUGCGAAGGUGAUUCGGGUGGCCCGAUAGGAGUGAAGCGACUGGACGUCGGUGGAAAAGAGAUUCAUUUGGUAACUGGUGUCGUAUCGUUUGGAACACCGUGUGUUACGGGAUCCACGGGAGUGUACACCAGAGUCAGUGACUACAUCGAUUGGAUCGAGCAAGAGACGAAUCGAACGCUAAGCUAUGGAGCCUGUACAAAAGGUUUCUUGUGUCCAGGACGAUCCACCAAGGGAACCACGGUUUAUUAUGAUGAUAGCAUUUUAAAACAACGGUUCGGGCUGCUUUGGAACGAAGCAGAUACUUCAUUAUACGAGUGUGGUGCCACAUUGAUCGACUAUCAGUUCCUACUAACCUCAGCUCACUGUGUUACCACGGAUAAAGGAUUUCCAAAGUACGUCGCGUAUGAUCACGCUAACCGGGUGGAAGUAACAGACGUCUUUGUGUCCCCACGAUACCAACCCGGAAGCCCAGAAAAUGAUAUCGCUCUGUUGAAGAUGGCCAAGUUCAUUAUUCCAAAGAAAAUUCGUCCUGUUUGUCUGUGGGAUCGUCGCAUCGAUGGUGAAUGGUCAGGAACACCAAGGUUCGCCGCCUACGGACCAAUUCUCGAUAAUCUCGAGCCGGUGACGUUAGCCAACCAUACCAUCUCGGUGCAUGCCACGAAUGGACGGGAAUGCCGUGUCAGUGAUGCUGCUACGAGUGAUUUGGUUUGCUUUAACAACAAUGUCAAGAUGAUUCCCGAUGCUUGUUGGAUAGAUUACGGGGGAGCGGUAACCAAUAAGUCGGAGCUGCUGGAACCUGUUUUCAUGUUCGGUAUAGCAUCCAAGCUUAGCGAGGGUUGCGGUUCCAACUUGAUCGUCACAGAUGUCACGCCGCAUAUCAAAUGGAUAGAAGCUAUCGUUGUUGACCGGCGCAAUGAAAUGCUUGUUUUUUCUGAUUGAAUGAACAAAUAAAAGAAUCUUUCACCUCCA